CGGUUUUCCGCAGUCUCCCUCCGCAAGUUGACGUAGUUCUCAUGGUUUGCGAUUAAAAAAAUGAUGUCAUUUUAAUGCAACAACAAUAACACUGAUGCUGUACAGUAUUUUAGUCUUUCACCAUAUCGAUGUGUUACUGGAUGUUUAUUUAAAACGGCAGUGUCUAGUUGUAGGGCGUUUGAAAUCGGACACCACUGGUGUUUUAAGGUCCUCGUAAGCCGCGGAGGGAUAAUCGUUUGGAACCGACAAUGUGGAGGCUGUUAACAUGUCUACUCGGAAGAUAAAAUGGUUACAAUUGUAGCAACUUAUAGAAUCGAUUGAGAUAUCACAAGAGUUAUGAAGAUAUUUGUAUACAUUGUUUCAUUUUCGUGACGUGGACUGUAUAACGAACCAAUAAAGGUUUGGGAGAACACACGAUAUCGUCGUUCGCUCUUCAUCUACAGUCCGGAGCACAGAGAGGGAAUAUAUCCCCAACUUUGUUUUUCUCUCUACUCCAAGCGUUCAUUUUUUUCCUGUUGGAUGCCACAUAAUUAAAGAGCUUACUGAAAGUUGCUGAGACUGUGAGGGCCAAAGGAACAGCAGCAGAGAAUGGCUACAGUGGGCACAGACAAGGAGCUCAGCGACCUGCUGGAUUUCAGCGCGAUGUUUGCACCACCGGUGUCAAAUGGGAAGAACAGGCCCACCACUCUAGCCAGCAGCCAGUUUGGAGGCUCCGGUAUGGAUGAGCGGAGCGGUCCUGGCCCCUGGGCAUCAGGAGAACAGAACAGCCCUUCCUUCAACCAGGGACGGGGUUAUGGCGAAGGAGCUCAUUACAACGAGCACGAAGGCCUCGCUUCCACCCCCUUGUUCGGCUCGGGGAUCGUUGGCAAAGCUGAGCGAGGACCCUACUCUUCUUUUGGAGCGCAGCCGGGCUUUAUGCCCAGUGAGAUGCCCAUGCCCAGUCCUGAUGCCCUGUCACCCUCGGGCCUGAAGUCUGGCUCCCAGUUCUACCCCUCCCAAUUCAACCCUCGCAGGAGACCCACCCAGGAGAGCAUGGAUGCCCAGCCAAAAAAGAUCAGGAAAGUUCCCCCUGGCCUGCCCUCUUCGGUCUAUGCGUCGGCCUCAGGAGAGGACUAUAACAGAGAUGGUGCAGGGUAUCCUGCCUCCAAGCCUGGAAACGUGGGCUACCCCGGCUCCUUCUACAUGCAAGAAGGCCUGCACCCCUCCCCUGACCCGUGGAGUUCUGCCGGGUCGAUGGGGCAGCCGGGCUACUCUACAGCCAUGCUGGGUAACUCCCCCCACCUGGGCCAGCCUGCCCCCUUCACCGCCAUCAACCCCCAGGACAGACUGAAGCGCCAGCCGCUGCCUCUCUCACCCCAGAACUACCCCCUUCACGGCAGUGAGGUGAACGGGAGCUUCCACUCUGGAUCCACUGGCUAUGGAGUCUCCAACCACACCUCCCCCAUCAACGGAACAGACACCAUCAUGGCCAACCGGGGGACAGGAAGCUCAGGAGAUGAGAUCGGCAAAGCCCUGGCAUCGAUUUAUCCCUCAGACCACAACAGCAACACCUUCCCUUCGUCUCCGUCUACUCCAGUGGGCUCUCCCCAGGCCAUAGCAGGUUCUGCCUCUCAGUGGCCCCGGGGUUCGGGACAGGCCACACCUUCUCCAAACUUCGAGGGUGGACUGCAGGCCCUGCAAAACAAGAUGGAGGACCGUUUGGAGGAGGCCAUCCAUGUGCUGCAGCGUCACGCCGGGGGACAAGGGGGUCCAGGCGGGCUGGCUGACAUGCACAGCCUCCUCAGCGCCGGGAUAGGAGGCCUCGCCCAGGCCUUCAACAACGCUGGCCUGGGACUGGCCAACAGACUGCCCAGCCUGAUGUCCAACCACCAUGAGGACUCGACUGGUCUGCCCUCUGGUGGUGGUGUGCAUGGUCACCACGGCCCUCCCUCUGGCAGCCAGCCUGAAGGCUUCACCAGCCUCUCUCGCUCCACACACUCAUCCAGUGGCUCUGACAUCAAAAGGGAGGACAAGGAGGAUGACGAGAAUUCCUCCGUGGCUGACAAGUCAGAGGAUGAGAAGAAAGACUCGAAGGCCCGCACUCGAACAAGAGAGACGUUCUCCUUCCAGACCUUCUCCUCCUCCCUAUCAGACACGGGAGCAGACAGCAGCAGCUGCAGCACAGCCUCGCUGAACGAUGAGAACCUGACGGCCGAGGAGAAGGAGAAGCGCGAGCGGGAGCGCCGCUCGGCCAACAACGUCCGGGAGAGGGUGCGCGUGCGUGACAUUAACGAGGCGUUCAGGGAGCUGGGCAAGAUGGUGCAGGUGCACCUGCGCAGCGACAAGGCCCAAACCAAACUCAUCAUCCUGCAGCAGGCCGCGCAGGUCAUAAUGGGUCUGGAGAAGCAGGUCCGAGAGCGUAACCUGAACCCCAAGGCAGCAUGUCUGAAGCGGAGGGAGGAAGAGAAGGUUUCGGGGGUGGACCCCCAGAUGCAGAUGGGAGGGGGGCACCCCGGGUUAGGGGGCGAUGGACACAACUCUGUGAGCCAUAUGUAACACCGAGCUCCUGAUCCUGUUGAUUGUACAGCUCUUAGAAGACGUGGCCUUACUCUCUUAUCAUGCAUCUCAGUGUGCGUCAAUCCACAAAGGUGCUCUCUAUAUAUGCUAGCACAUAUAGUGGAGAAGCGCGUUCUCACACAGACACACACACAGACAGACGGACACAGACACAAAACUGACAAACGCCAGUGGCCACAUUCCUGACCAUGAACACGAGCAACAUACACACCUAUACACACACAGAGUUUUGAAGAUUACUUACAGUAAACACACCCUGAACUCCAAGGAGAGACUGGAUCACAGGCAGAGGAAAUG